AUGAAGGACGCAGAUGUGUCAAGGCAGAUCCAGCAGAUGAUCAGGUUCAUCCGCCAAGAGGCUGAGGAGAAAGCUAAUGAAAUUGCUGUUGCCGCAGAGGAAGAAUUCAAUAUUGAGAAACUGCAAUUACUUGAAGCUGAAAAAAGAAAGAUCAGGCAAGAGUACGAACGAAAAGCCAAACAAAUUGACGUUCGUAGAAAGAUUGAAUACUCAAUGCAGCUGAAUGCAUCCCGAAUAAAAGUGCUUCAAGCACAAGAUGAGGCAGUGAAUUCUGUGAAGGAUGCUGCUAAAAAGGCGCUUUUACGCAUCUCAAGUGAUAAGAAAGUGUACAGAAAACUCCUGAAAGACAUGAUUGUUCAGGGUUUACUACGCUUGAGGGAACCAUCAGUGAUAUUAAGAUGCCGAGAGGGGGAUCGUAAGCUGGUUGAGUCACUGCUAGAGGAAGCCAAAAAAGAAUACUCGGAGAAAGCCACCGUGCAAGCCCCUAAGAUUACCUUUGAUGAUCGUGUUUACCUCCCACCGCCGCCUAAAAACGCCGCCGUGGAUUCCCAUGAACCUUUUUGCUCCGGAGGAAUAGUGUUGGCCUCGGAUGAUGGGAAGAUAGUGUUGGAGAACACCCUUGACGCGCGACUUGAUGUCAUUUUUCGACAGAAAUUGCCCGAGAUACGGAAGCGCUUGUUAGGUUGA